CCUGUCCGGGGGUCCUCCUGAGUCCUAUCACUGCUCCCAUAUCCUCCCCCAUCCCCGGUUUUAUAAUUACAUGUUCCCGGGGUCCACGCUACAUCUGGCUCCGGUGGCGUCCUCCUGAGCUGUCUCUGUGCUGUCAUUGCGCACAACGUAACUCGCGGUGCGGUGGGUGGUGCGGCACUGUGGGGGCGGGUGCGGGGUAUCGGGCAUUAUCGGAUUAUCGGCAAGGUAAUUGCCGAUACUGAUAACGCCCAAAAUCGUGAAUAUCGGCCGAUAAUAUCGGCCAAACCGAUAAUCGGUCGAUCCCUAUCACCUACCACAAUGUUGGUUGUGCCAGUGGAUUAGACCAGUGUUUCCCAACCAGGGUGCCUCCAGCUGUCCGGGCAUGCUGGGAGUGGUAGUUUUGCAACAGUUGGAGGCACCCUGGUUGGGAAACACUGGAUUAGACGGUGGUUAAUAUAGGGGCAUAAGUUGAGGCUGCUGGGCCCCUAUGCAAAAAUCUGUUAAAGGGCCCCCAACAAUAAUGCUUUCUCUGCUGUACUGGUGCCAGGCAUGGUGGGAGUUGUAGUUUUGUCACAUCUUUGAAAACCAUUGCUUUACAGUUCUCCUGGCUCAAUGGUACUUACCCCUGAUUUUAGUUCUAUCAAUGCCAAUGGUAGCCACUACUUCUGGGCCCAUCCUCACAGCCCAGCCGGCAGCUGCAGGGUUAACUCUCCCCCUCCCUCCAUCCAUCCUCUGUGCGUAAAAUAACCAAAGCAAGAGAUUCUGUUUCCCUGGUAACCUGAGUGACGUCACCAGCGCUAGAGAACGCGGACCCGGGCGAGAACUCCGGCUGCCAGCAUCCCCGGGUGCAGCAGCCUCUCCCGGAGUGAUGCCUCCGCCCGGCCCCGCCGCGACCCAUGGAGCUGCUACCCCUCGCGGCACUGCUGAGCAACGCGACGGCUCCGAGCGGCCCGGGGCCCGGAACAUCAGCAACUGCCGGAGGAAGAGACGGCGCCGAGCUGAGCUCCGGGACUAACCGCAGCAGCACCGAGGAGGCGGCCGGGGGGAGCCCUCUGCUGCACGGGGUGGCCGUGGCUUGUCAGGCGCUGCUGCUGCUCGCCAUCUUCCUGCUCUCCUGCCUCGGUAACUGCGCCGUCAUCCUGGUGAUCAGUAAGCACCGGCAGCUCCGCACCGUCACCAACGCCUUCAUCCUGUCCCUGUCCCUGUCAGACUUCCUGACCGCCCUGCUCUGCCUGCCCUUCUCCUUCGUGCUGCUCUUCUCCCGCGGAGGCGCCUGGCUCUUCGGGGAUCGCUUCUGCUUCGCCAACGGCUUCUUCAACUCGUGUUUCGGGAUCGUGUCCACCCUGACCAUGACCCUCAUCUCCCUGGACCGCUACUACGCCAUCGUGCGGCAGCCGCAGGAGAAGAUGGGGCGCACUCGGGCUGUGCAGCUGCUGGUGGCCGCUUGGCUGACGGCCCUGGGCUUCUCCUUCCCUUGGUACUUGUUGGCCAAGGAGCAAUGGGUGGUCCAUAAGAGGGGCUACUACCACUGCAUGUACGUGUUCCACUCUGCGGGGUCCCGGCUGGGGGCGGCCUACAGCAUCUCCCUCAUCGUCCUCUGUUACCUCCUGCCCUUCGGCCUCAUGUGCUUCUGCCACUAUAACAUCUGUAAGGCGGUGAGAUUGUCGGAGAUCCGGGUCCGGCCGGUGACCACCUACGCCCACCUGCUGCGCUUCUACAGCGAGAUGAGAACGGCCACCACUGUGCUCAUCAUGAUCGUCUUCAUUAUCUGCUGCUGGGGACCCUAUUGCAUCAUGGGCCUGGUGGCAGCCGCCGGGGACUACCCGUUCACCCCAAUCAUGGACACCGUGGCCAUAUGGAUGGCGUGGGCCAAUGGGGCCAUCAACCCGCUCAUCUAUGCUGUUCGCAACCCCAAUAUCUCCAUGCUGCUUGGUCGGAAUAGGGAGGAGGGCUACAGGACUAGGAACAUUGCAGCCUAUCUGUGUACGCAGGGUCAGAACAGAGAGGUCAGGGGGCGAGUUGACCCUAUCCGUGAUCGAUACGGUAACCGGCAUGGACAGGGCAGUAGGGUCUCCUCCUCUAGUCCGGCCAAUGGUGGGGAUCUGGCUAUGUGGGCCUGUAAGAACCCAACUGUAUUAUUCUGUCGGGAUGGACAACCAGACACUGCGUCAGAUCCUGCUGGCAUGAAAUCGGAGACUGCGGAUACCAGCCUAUGAUGUAGUGGCAUUUAAUGACUACGGGUUGGGUAAUGGUCGUGAAAUCAGUAUUGGAGCAAAUGGUUUAGAACCUGAAUUGCCAAAAUGUCACUAACCAGAAUGGCAGUGACUGUGAGUGGUGGGGUAUACUUUUAUAUUGAGUUCCCUUUGUGGCUUUAAGGGAACCUGUCAUGACUUUCACACUGCCUGAGCCAGGCAUCACCGUGGGGGUCCCCUGUGGCUUUUCCCCACCCCAUAUGCCUUGAUAGAUCUCCCUUUUCCCAAACAGGGAGAGACCUUUCAAUCAAGGCUUAGUGGGGUGUGAAAAAAAGUAAAAAAAACCUUCUUGGUAUCGCUCAGAUGAAUUGUGGUUCGGGCAGCAUGAAAGUGAUGACAAGUUCUUUUUAUGAAUUAGUGACUGUGACCGGGAAGCUGCUGAUACACAGGACUGAUGUAUAUUGAGCCUUGAUCCCAUCUGUGUCUAACGUUUGUGUCUUAAACGCAGUUUCCCGUAGAUAUUUAUGGCAUAUAUGUAGAAAGUGCCUUAAACAACGCCUAGUACAGUGGUCUUCAACCUGCGGACCUCCAGAUGUUGCAAAACUACAACUC